AGAAUCCUCUUGAUUCAAGAUAUAACAACUACGUGGGGGGAACAUUGAAUAUAAAAUGCACCUCAACCUUCCUCCAUUUGUCAUGUAGAAGUGUCUCAAAUCUUGCUUAGCCUACUACUCAAACUAUAGAGGACUUGUAGAAAUUUUUUUAUGGUCAUCCACUAAUGAGGUGUUGAUCAAAAUGGCUUCUAUCUGUGAGAUCAUGGCACUGUAGAACUGAGAGAAAGAAGGGUUGUUGAGUGAUAAGAAAAAGAAAAUGUACGACAGAAUACUGGCCAAAAGCUUUAGUCGUUAUGAGCAGAAAAGGUUUGGAUACGGAGCAUUUGUGAGCUGCUUGCUCAUAGUUUUCAGUCUUUGCACUCUGUUUAAACCUUACUUGGGUCCGGUGAAUGUUUUGAGCCUGAAGCUCUCCAUUGGUGCUGACACCAAAAUGCUGAUGUUCAAUGACACCAGCAGGUCUUCACAAUUAGCCAAAGUGAAAGACAUUGUAGGUGAAAUUCUAGUUGAAGGCACUGGCAGUUCUCCACCAAGGGAUAAAGUUGAAGGAAAAGAGGAGAUAUCAGAGGAGCUACUAUACAAUUCAGAAGAAAGAACAGAAUUUUGCCAAGCAAGGGGAGAUAUCAGAGUCCAUGGAAAAUCCUCAACUGUUUACGUUGUUUCAUCAAACACAACCAUGAAGGGAAAAAACAUGUCAAGAACUAUAAAGCCUUAUGCGCGAAAGGACGAUGUAGAUGCAAUGAUUCGUGUAAGAGAAUGGUCAGUGAAGGCAGUAAAUGCUAGUCAGAAAGUCCCCCAAUGCACCAAAAAUCACAGCAUUCCAGGGUUAUUAUUUUCUACUGGAGGGUAUGUUGGUAACCACUUCCAUGAAUUCACCGACAUUGUUAUUCCACUGUUUUUGACUUCUAGACAAUUCAAUGGAGAAGUACAAUUUAUCAUAACUGAGAAGCGUCCUUGGUGGAUUUCAAAGUACAAACCACUUCUUAAGAGGCUGUCCAACUAUGAGAUUGUGGACAUCGAUGGAGAUGAUGAACUUCAUUGCUUCCAUAGGGUGAUUGUGGGUCUUAAACGGCAUCAUGAAGAGCUAAGUAUUGACCCUCAAAAGUACUCGUAUUCUAUGAAAGACUUCAGGGAUCUUUUGAGAAGUUCCUAUGCAUUGAAGAGAGUUGAAGCAGUCAAAAUCAGAGAUGGUCAACUUGGGAAGCCAAGGCUCAUGAUUCUUUCAAGAAAAAGAACAAGAUCCUUCACUAACACAGAUGAAAUAGCAAAAAUGGCUGAGAGUUUGGGCUUUGAUGUCAUUGUUAAGGAAGCAGGGGGGAGCAUGUGGGGGUUUGCCGAUGUUGUGAAUUCUUGUGAUGUGUUAUUGGGAGUUCAUGGUGCUGGUCUCACUAACAUACUUUUCCUUCCAGAAAAUGCAGUUUUCAUCCAAGUUGUGCCUUUAGGUGGGUUUGCAUUGGACUGGCUUGCCACAAAUGACUUUGGAAAGCCCUCAAAGGAUAUGAACAUAAAGUACUUGGAAUACAAAAUAAGCUUGGAAGAAAGCACUCUGAUACAACAAUACUCACUAGAUCACAUGUUUAUAAAGGAUCCCCCAUUGAUUGGGAAGAUAGGAUGGGAAGAAUUUAAGUCAGUGUAUUUGGACAAACAAAAUGUAAAGCUUGAUGUUGAUAGGUUUAGGCCUACAUUGCAGAAAGCCAUUGAGCUAUUGCAUCAAUAAGUACGGUUUGUCUUUUUGAUCAAAUAAGCUGGAAUGGGAGCUGAGUGUAGACGUAGUAUUGUCACGGUUAGGAUCAGAUCACACUUUUGAUUGCAGUAUUUUUUCUCUUGUACUGGUAUUUAUAUCUAUUGUUUUUCAACCAGUUGCUUGCAGAAUGAAGGACAAGGAGGCCAUCAUCUGCAACGAAAUUUCUGUAUGGAAAGGGCAAUGAUGUUCAAUGGACCCAAAUCAUUAGGACAUCUUGCAAUAACAAACAUUUUAGUCUAUGCUUUGUGUUGGUCUAAAGAUUAAGUUUAGGAAAUAAUGGGUUUUCUUUUCCAAAAGUUCUCUUGGCAAAAUAAUAAUGAUAAUAUUAGAAAAGUUGUUUGCUGCUGGCAUUUUUUACUCUUUGUGUGCUCUUU